CCGCCUCGGCAGCCCCGCCGGCCCCCUCCGCCGCCGCCUCCUGCAGCCGCCCCGCCGCUCGCCCCCGCCAUGCCCGGCCCGGCCGCCGGCAGCAGGGCCCGGGUCUACGCCGAGGUGAACAGCCUGAGGAGCCGCGAGUACUGGGACUACGAGGCGCACGUCCCGAGCUGGGGUAAUCAGGACGAUUACCAACUGGUUCGGAAACUUGGCAGGGGAAAAUACAGCGAAGUCUUUGAGGCCAUAAACAUUACCAACAACGAGAGAGUGGUUGUGAAAAUCCUCAAGCCAGUGAAGAAAAAGAAGAUAAAACGAGAGGUUAAGAUUCUGGAGAAUCUGCGAGGUGGCACCAACAUCAUUAAGCUGAUUGACACUGUCAAGGAUCCAGUGUCAAAGACCCCAGCUUUGGUGUUUGAGUACAUCAAUAAUACAGAUUUUAAGCAACUGUACCAGAUCCUGACAGACUUUGAUAUUCGGUUUUAUAUGUAUGAGCUGCUCAAGGCCCUGGAUUACUGUCACAGCAUGGGGAUCAUGCACAGGGACGUCAAACCCCACAACGUCAUGAUAGACCACCAACAGAAAAAGUUGCGGCUCAUAGACUGGGGUUUGGCAGAGUUCUACCAUCCAGCUCAGGAAUACAAUGUCCGCGUGGCCUCGAGGUACUUCAAAGGACCGGAGCUCCUUGUGGACUACCAAAUGUAUGACUAUAGCUUAGACAUGUGGAGUUUAGGCUGCAUGCUGGCCAGCAUGAUCUUCCGAAAGGAGCCCUUCUUCCAUGGCCAGGACAACUAUGACCAGCUGGUUCGCAUUGCUAAGGUUCUGGGCACAGAUGAACUGUAUGGGUAUCUGAAGAAGUACCACAUAGAACUGGAUCCACACUUCAAUGAUAUCCUGGGACAGCACUCGCGAAAACGCUGGGAGAACUUCAUCCAUAGUGAGAACAGACACCUGGUCAGUCCUGAAGUCCUGGACCUUCUGGACAAACUUCUGCGAUAUGACCAUCAACAGAGACUGACUGCCAAAGAGGCUAUGGAGCACCCAUAUUUCUACCCAGUGGUGAAGGAGCAGUCCCAGCCCAGCUCAGAAAAUGCUGUGCUCUCCAGUGGCCUGACAGCAGCACGAUGAAGACUGGAAAACAACGGGUCCGAUGCUGUUCCUCCCAAUUUUCCAUAAGCAGAACAAGAACCAAAUCAAACGUCUUAUCAGCGUGUGUACAGAGCUGGCGGCCAGACGGCGUUGCGGUGGCAGGGGACGAGAGCAGAGACCGCACCGGCUCCAUGGCACCCACCAGUUUAUAAACACAAACCUUACUUCUGAAUGUAAAAGGUUCCUCUGCCUUUGACUUCCUGUUGACCUCUUCCUGACCCAGAAAGCAUGGAAAAUGUGAAGGGUAUGCAAAACGGUUGUUGGCUAAUGUUUCUUCCCCCCCCCAUGCUGACCUUUGCCCCCCUGAACCCCAGCAUAACGUAUUAACUAGCUGGCUCCAGAUUUGAUGCGGCAGGGAGGGGGCAGCUGGAGCGGGGGGGAAUACGGCAUGAUGGACAGUUCUAUAUUAUAAUUAAAGGAAUUCUAUAUUAUUGAAUAAAAGUUUUAAAAGAAAUGUAUGGAGAGUAUUCAGUAUGGAAGGAGCCAUGGGGAGUGCCCCCCUGCAGUGGAGGAUGCUGAGGCUGGUUGGAGCCCUUCCUGGUGCUGUCUCCUGCCCUUCGCUUGUGUUCUGUGGGGGGGAAGAGAGUGAAUCUGUUGUACAAUGGUUGGCUAGAGCCUGCUGCCUCCAACUACUGGGCGGGCUUAAGCAGCCGGGCUACUGGAGGACAGGAGCUCGUAAAUCGAUAGGAAAACUCCACCCUGGGCCUACCAUCUUUCCCUCAGUGUUAAGCUCCUUCGGAGGCCUGGAUAAACACUAGACGCUUGGUCCCCCAUGUGGUGUCUGCACCACAGCAGAGGGUGAGACUGGCUGCCACUUUUAGCUAGUAUCCCAUUCCCCCCGUCUCUGGAUGAAUGGUAGAGCCAGGGAAGGCGCAAGCACUUUCUCCUUCCCUACCCCAGCUGAGAAGGACGAGGUACAGGGUGGGGUCUCUCAAGGGAGGCCUUUGCAACUCUA